AUAAACACCUUUUAUUGUCGGCUCUAUCAUUGUAACAACUAGCUAGCUAGCAGCCAGCAGCAACCAGCGGGAGCCAAGAGCGCGCGCUUAAUAGAUAUAAAAAUACAUAUUUUUCGAGAUUUAAAAGGAUUCACGAGGUAAAAUGGAGCAUCUAUCGCACCUAUACCCCCCGCAGUUGCCGAAAGUGCGUGGCCGACCACGGGCCACCUACGCCCAGACUGGGGAAUUCGAUUUGGGCCUGAUCAGAGAAUACCGAUCCCGCCCAGUGCUCUACGAUCGCUCCAACAAGCGUUUUAAAGACAAACUGUAUGUGGCCCAACAGUGGGAACAAAUGUCCCACAAGCUAGGCUACGACGCAACCAGUUUAAGGGACCGCAUGAUCACAUUAAGGAAUCGCUACAACAUUGAGAAGCGACGCGUUGAGAACGGACUCCCCAGCCAAGGGUCUCAGUGGCCGCUGUUUGAGAGCCUUCAGUUUCUUGGAGACCACAUACGCCCUCGGCGCAGCUUUAAGAACAUGUCCCGAAAUGAUGAUGACGACGAACACUAUGGCAUGGAUGACCAGAGCGAUAGCAACGGUCAAAAUAUGAGUGUUAAGGAUGAAAUGGAGGAUGAAAGCGAGAUUUUCGAUUGCGAACAAACACUUCCCGUUACCACAGUAUUGGGUAUUCCCCCGACUUCUGACGAUGCAAACAAGAGCCAGCGGCAGAGCAACGGCAGCGACAUGGCCAAUGGCAAGGGCUACAAUCACUUUGCAGAGAGUUACCAAAAUCGUCAUCAGCCGGAAUAUAUCAUCAGUAGUCCCAUAGUUCCGAAGAGCAUUAACAAGCGUUCAGCGGCGCUCGACGAGCCAGCUAUCAAGCGCAGAGCUGUGCAAAAUGUUGGAAUGCCUUCCUUCUAUAACACACCCGCUCUCCCACCUUUACCAGCGUCUUACGCAAAGUUCCACGGCUUUGGCGAAUUCAUGGUCCACUCCCUGUGCGAUAUGCCCAUGACCACAGCUCUGCGUUUGGUUCAGAAAUUCACCCGCGAGCUCGUCCAAACUUCCCUCAAACAUGACGACAGUGGGAGCUCCACGAAGGCUGACCAGGCCGAUGCCACCGACCCGGUCGAUCCCGAAAACAGCAGCGAGUCUCAGGGGGAGGAUUUCGAGUAGAGAUUAAGUUGCAAUUUUAAAAUACGGGUAGGGAUAUUGAAACGCAAGUCCACAAUUAUAAAUAUAGCCGCACUAUGACAGAUACGAUAUUGAUUACACAAUAAGUUAAUACUCUUCUUUUAAGUCGUCUGACCUCGAAAAACUGGAGGCAAAGAUAAUCGCAUUUCAUUUAAUAACAUAAUGGAAAAAUAUACUCAUAAUUUGCUUUGUUUUAAAGGCAUGGGGUGGUUUGAUAGUUUAAAAGUUUUUAGGCCCUGCAAUGUCUUCGAUUUUAUAAUUCUGUAAUGGUAUUGAAUCCUAUAAAAGUAUUAUAUAGAACCAUAUAGAUUUUUAACAAUAAUAUAAAUUAUAAUUUUAACAAUUCGUCGCAAGGCGUAAUGCGUGUUUGUCUAAAUGGAAAAUGAAUGCCACAAAUAAAUAUGUAAAUCGCAGCAACCCAGAUACCUUGCAAA